CCUCUGAAUCAGAGAAGCAACAUGGAGAAGGUCACAGAGUUCCUCUGCUGCUAUAAAAACUACAACUUUGCUGUUGGUUUGACCACCGCAGAGUACAUCGAUUCUCUUCAGUCCUUUGAAGUUCGAGACAGCGACAUCUUCCUUGUCACCUAUGCAAAGUCAGGAACCAUCUGGACUCAACAGAUCAUCAUCUCCAUCUGCGAGCUGGCCGGAGAACUGAAUGAAAAUCCAAAGAACUGGAACCAGAUGCCCUGGCUGGAGUACCCGGUGGGUGAGCAGGAAUACACCACCAGACCGUCUCCUCGACUCUUUACCAGCCACCUCACUCCGGCUCUUUUACCUCCAGGACUGAAGAAAAAGAAGGCAAAGAUCAUCUAUGUGAUGCGGAAUCCAAAAGACAUCGCCGUCUCCUAUUAUCACUUCAGCAGUGAAUGUUCACACCUGGAAACUCCAACGAGCAUCGAGCAUUUUCUCCAGCAGUACCUGAAGGGAAACGUCGCAGGAUCAUCCUGGUUUGACCAUGUCAGGGACUGGCGUUCCAACAAAGACCAGUACAACAUCCUCUUCCUCAGCUAUGAGGACAUGAUUCUGGACCUGAAAGGAGCAGUGAAAAAGGUCUGCAGCUUCUUGGGGAAAAACCUGAGUGAAGCCGCCGUCGAGCAAGUUGUUGAAAAGGCAACAUUUAAGAACAUGAAGAACGACCCAAAAGCAAACUAUGAGUUUGAACCACAACAAAAGAUUCAAGGAAACUUCAUGCGCAAAGGUCAAAUCGGUGACUGGAAGAACUUGCUCACUGCUGAACAGAGCCAAGAAGUGGAUCGACUCCUUCAGGAGAAACUGGGCGACUUGUCUCUGAAGUUCAUCUGGGAAUAAAGAGUCGCCACAGCAGCUUUA